AUGCGUCCUGCUCUGCCGCCUCGUUACGCAUGCGGGGCCGGGGCCGUGCUGAGAGGCCUGCGGGGGGAAGGCUGCGGCGGCAGCGGCGUGGAGCGGCAGCGGGGCCGGGCCGGGCCGGGCCGAGGAGGGCUUUGCAGUGCCGCACACGCUCAGAGGACAGGUCCCUGGACUGCAGUGCUGCUCCAAUGGCCUGUGGUGGCUGCAGGCAGCCGCGGCCCGGGGAGCCCAAGACUCAGCGUGUGGAAGGGUUGGGAGCAGCCCUGGGUGCCUGCAAGGAUUCGGGAGGCCCGAGCAGGUCUGAAACCCUGCCACGGAGAGGCACAGGCCCCGCAGCAGUGCCUGCAUUUCAGCAGCUGCCCAUCGGAGCUAAGCACAGCCUCGGCUCAGAGCUCAGGAGCAUGUCUGCUGGGCAGUGCUGGGGGCCAGGCGUCCCUCCUGUGUGUGCAUGGCCCACAUGGCAGCACCCUGCAGUCAGAGCUGACUGUGUGCACUGGAGGUGGAGUGUUGGAGUGGGAUCAGCUCAGAGCUCUGCAAGGUUUGCACUUUGCUUUCCACUCCACUGGCCAAGCCAGCCAGAUGUGCAGCAGCAGCAGGAUGGGCACGAGGGCCCCAGCUGCUGCGGUGAAUCCGUCAGCACGGACGCUGGUGCCGCUGCAGCCUGGCCCUGCAGCCUGGCAGGGUGAUCUCCUUUGGCUCGGCUCCUGUGGGCUCCAGAUGCUGACAGAGCAGCUGGAUGAGCAGAAAGCCUCUCGUGCAAACGGCUGUGGAGUGCUUCUCUCUGUUCCCUGCUGCUGGGAGGUGCUGACAGGUUAGGGUUUGCAGGGAGGCAGAUCUCGCGGAGAAGGGCUGAACUCACUGUGCAAGGACACUGCACAAUCCAGUGUGGAUCAAAAGCGAGUGACAACUUUAUUUAGUAGCCACACGCUUAUAUGUGUUACAGAUAAUUUAUGCAUACAUGUAAGAAGCUAAAUGGCUGAAUCCCUAAAUACCCCAUUUGCUCUGCUUGAGUUGUCUGCUGACUCGUCAAGGACAGUGCCUCCCUGGCUAGUUAUAUUAAAUGCUGCCUUUGUUUAUUCAA